GUCUGACAGGAGGGAGGCCCGGCGGGGACGGGGCGGAGCGGCAGGCGGGGCGGGGACCACGCGGGAGGACGGACGGUGCAGACUGAGGCCGAAAGGACUGGCGGCUCCCUCUCCGCGCCAGCCCCGUGAGCGUCCGGAAAAGAAGGAAGGAAGGAAGGAAGGAAGGAAGGAAGGUCCCACCUGCCGGGCCGUCCCUGCGCCCCGCUCGUCCGGGCCGGUCCUGGCCCCGAUGGGCACCGCGCUGUACAGCUUGGACUCCCCAGCAUGUUACCGACACUGGGCCAUGGAGCCGGCCAACUUCUACGAGACCAAUAAGUUGAGCGCGGCGGCGGCGGCGGCGGCGGCGGUGGCGGCGGGCGGAGGCGGAGCGCUGGGGGCGUCCUGCAAGCCGGGCCGGGGCCCGGGGCCCGAGGAAGGCGGCGGCGGCGGCGGCGCCAACCUGGCGGAGCUGAGCGCCGCGGCGCCGGCCAUGUACGACGACGAGAGCGCCAUCGACUUCAGCUCCUACAUCGACUCCAUGUCGUCGGUGCCCAACCUGGAGCUGUGCAACGACGAGCUGUUCGCCGACCUGUUCAACAGCAACCACAAGCCCGAGCGGGGGGGCGGGGACUACGAUUACCUGGCGGGCGGCGGCGGCGGCGGCGGGCCGGGGCCCCAGCCGGCCCCCAAGGGCUUCGGCCCCGCCGCGUCCACCCUGCUGAGCGGCUCGUCGUCGUCGUCGUCGUCGCUGCCGCCGUCCGGCUCGUCCCCCCCGGGGGCGGUGAAACAGGAGCCCGACUGGAGCGACGGGGACGUGUCGUCGUCGCUGCUGCCCUCGCAGAUCGCCACCUGCGCCCAGACCAUCAUGAACCUGUCGGCGGCCGGUCAGCCCACGCCGCCCACCUCCCCGGAGCCGUCGGGCUGCAGCUCCGGCUCCAGCUGCUCCAGCGGCCGCUCGCCCGCCGCCCCGCAGCCCCCGCCGCCUCCCCCGCACCCGGCCAAGGAGAAGGCGGGCGGCGGCGGGGCGACCGUGGGCGGCGGCGGCCCCGCCAAGAAGUCCCUCGACCGGUUCAGCCCCGAGUACCGGCAGCGGCGGGAGCGCAACAACAUCGCGGUGCGCAAGAGCCGCGACAAGGCCAAGAAGCGCAACCAGGAGAUGCAGCAGAAGCUGGUGGAGCUGUCCUCCGAGAACGAAAAGCUGCACAAGAAGAUCGAGCAGCUCACCCGGGACUUGUCCAGCCUCAGACAGUUUUUCAAGCAGCUGCCCAGCUCCUCCUUCGUCUCGGGCAUUGACUGUCGGUAACCGGGGUCUCGGGGCCGGGGGUUGGGGGAGGGAGGGGGCGGAAAGACUUUUAGUCAAACUUAUCGAUACCUCAGAGACUCUUUGGAAGACCACCUUGUAGCAGAAAGCACCGUGGAGGGGGGGCGGGGAGGGGUUGGCACCCGGGGCCCGGCGGCGGGAAGAGCCAAGUCGCGUCCCUGGUUGAGUUGCUUGGGGACUCGGUUGCCGGACGGCGCGGCGCUUUGGAUUUAUUCACCACAGACCUGCGAAAGAAGCUAAAACGUUGUUUCCCCUUAAAUUAUUUUUGUAAUGGUAGUCAUCGUUUCGUUUUUGUUUUGUUUUUCCUACAUCUUAUUCCUAUCGAUGCAGCUAUGGUACAUUUGUAAAAGAAAAUGAUCUAAAAAUACUUUGUAUUGUAGAUAAGAGUGACUGAGCAUGCUCGACUUUUUUUUUUUUAUUAAUUUUUACAGUAUUUCCCAGAAUAAAAAAAAAAGGCAUUUUAAAUCAC